AUGGCUCACGCCGCGGUGCCUUGUCUACUGGACAUCGGUCGAGGGUCUCGAGAAGGUGCUAUUUCCCUCGAAGCGUCGAUCAAGAACUGCGGUCGGAGAAAACAAUGGAGCGAAGCACUGCGGUUUCUCCGCGAAGGAGUUCGAUUCGGUGAGCAACUCGCCCCAAGCCACUACAUUGCGACUGUCAGCGCAUGCAGAAAAGGCGGGCAAUGGCAACACGCGCUGUCAGUGCUCAGUGAGAUGUGGGAGGCGAAGCUGGAGCCCAACGUCAUCAGCUACAGCGCUGGGAUCAGCGCGUGCGAGAAGGGCGAGCAGUGGCAGCGAGCGCUGGCGCUGCUGAGCGAGAUGUUGGAGGCGACGGUGGAGCCCGACGUCAUCACUACAAUGCUGGGAUCAGCGCGUGCGGGAAGGGCAAGCAGUGGCAACGGGCCCUGGCGCUGCUCAGCGAGACGUGGGAGGCGAAGCAGGGUCCCGACGCGUCAGCUACAGCGCUGGGAUCAGCGCGUGCGAGAAGGGCGAUCAGUGGCAGCGGGCUCUGGCGUUGCUCAGCAAGAUGCGGGGGGCGAAGCUGGAGCCCAACUCAGUUACAACGCUGGGAUCAGCGCGUGCGAGAAAGGCGAUCAGUGGCAGCGGGCUUUGGCACUGCUCAGCGAGAUGUGGGAGGCGAAGCUCGAGCCCGUCGUCAUCUCUUCAGCUUCAACGCUGGGAUCAGCGCAUGCGAGAAAGGCGAGCAGUGGCAGCUGGCGCUGGCGCUGCUGA